AUGGCCAGCAUCGAUCGCUAUCGGCCGUCAAGAGAGGCCUAUCAGCCGCCUACUCUCCCUCCUGGUCCUCCGCGGCCAGAUCGGCAGUCGAGAUCUCCUGCGCGUCGCCUGGACGUUCCGCCAGCCGUUCCAUCUCCCCCGACACACUCUUCGCGAACCUCACCGCCUCGACCGCUUUCACAACGAGAUGCGCGAUCGCCACAGCGCUCAAGGGCGCAAAGCCCGUCUGGGCCCCCACCCAAUCAGUGGUACUUCACUAACGACGAGGCACUGAGCACGCCGAGCGUUUUGGAUGGAAUUUCCCCGGCGGAAGAACGACUUCGACGCGCAAAAGGUGUUAACUUCAUCUACCAAGCCGGCGUCCUGCUCGAUCUGCCCCAGAUCACUCUUUGGGUUGCAGGCGUCUUCUUCCAUCGAUUCUACAUGCGAUACAGUAUGGUUGAGGAGAAGGGCGGCAUUCACCAUUAUAAUAUUGCUGCUACAGCUCUCUUUCUUGCGAACAAGACAGAAGAGAAUUGCCGCAAAACGAAAGAAAUCAUCAUCACCGUUGCAAAAGUCGCGCAGAAGAACCCGAAGCUCAUGAUUGAUGAAAUGAGCAAGGAAUACUGGCGCUGGAGGGACAGCAUCCUGGCAUACGAAGAACUCAUGCUGGAGCUGCUUACUUUUGACCUCAUGGUCGACAAUCCCUAUCAGCGGCUAUUCGAACUGCUGGGCCAGCUCGACAUUGUCCACAAUAAGCACUUGCGCCAGUCGGCAUGGGCCUGGUGCAACGACGCCUGCCUCACCUCGAUCCCUCUCCUGCUUGAGGCUCGCGAUGUAGCCAUCUGCGCCAUAUUCUUUGCUAGUGUGCACACUAAGAAUAAGAUUGAAGACGUCAACGGCGAACCGUGGUGGAAGGCCCUGAAGGGCAACGAGAGGAAAUGCACUCGCGCAAUUGAUAUCAUGCAACAAUUCUAUACGGAGAACCCGCUUAGGAAGCAGAACCCAUCUCUGCCAUCGCCGGCCUUCGACCUGGAGAACACGAGACAGCCGAGAGACCCCAUGAGCCAGGACGCGCUUUCAUCGACGGCAGGUACGCCCUUCGAACUUGACAGGGGGACGCAAAGUCCCAGGGCUCGCAUCAAUGGCCGCGACGAUGUCACCAACACCGAAUCUGGAUCACAGGCUACUCUCAAGGAGCCGGAAAGAGCGAAUGGUACCGGCGCCGUAUCUCCAGGCAAGAGGAAGGAAGUUGAGUCUGACUCUGAGGGUCGGGACCAGAAGCGCGCGAGACUAUCCGAUGAGGAUGAGGGAGAAGUCCUGGAUUAG